UCCGAGGCGCGGCAGGUUGUUGCCGGAAGCGAACCUGCGGCCUGGAAGAGGAGCUGAGACAGCAGUGCGGCUCCAGAAGCUGCUGCGGGGGCUUACCCUGCUGGCUCCUAACGCGGUACCGAGAUGGAGAGCGCAGCUGUACCUGCAGCUCCAGCCCCCACCCUGCAUCCGCCUCUGGAGCAGCUUCGGCACCUAGCCGGGGAGCUGCGGGAGCUGCUUCCCGGAGUGCGGGUCGGCGAAGCCCAGGAAACCACCAAGGAGUUUGAUCGGGAGGCCUUUUGGAGAAGACUCAAUGAGGCAGCUGUGACAGUGUCAAGGGAAGCCACGACUCUGACUGUAGCCUUCUCUCGACUUCCGCUGCCAUCUCCACAGGAAACCCAGAGGUUCUGUGAACAAGUGCAUGCUGCCAUCAAGGCGAUUAUUGCAGUGUACUCUUUGUUUCCCAAGGAUCAGGGCAUCACCCUGCGAAAGCUGGUGCGGAGCGCCACUCUGGACAUCGUGGAUGAUAUGGCUCAGCUUGUGGAAGCACUUUACAUCAAUCCAGCCCAGAGCAGCCCUGAGAACCUGAUUUCCUACAACAGUGUUUGGGAUGCGUGCCAACAUGUACCUCAGAUCCCAAGAGAUAACAAAGCUGCAGCCCUUUCAGUGUUGACAAAGAGUGUGGAUCUUGUGAAGGAUGCACAUGAGGAGAUGGAGCAGGCUGUGGAAGAAUGUGACCCUUACUGUGGACUCUUGAAUGACAUUGAGGAGGACGGCUCUGACAGCCAUGUUGGUGAGGAGGAUAUAUUGGGAUGUCCAAACAAUCGGGAUUCAUAUUGGUCAGAGGAAGACCAGGAGCUCAUAAUCCCAUGCCUUGCACUGGCGAGAGCAUCCAAAGCCUGCCUGAAGAAAAUCCGGCUCUCAGUGGCAGAGAACGGAAAGAAGGAUCAAGUGGCCCAGCUGGAUGACAUUGUGGACAUUUCUGAUGAGAUCAGCCCUAGUGUGGAUGAUUUGGCUCUGAGCAUAUACCCACCUGUGUGCCCUCUGACUGUGCGAAUCAGCUCUGCAAAACUUGUAUCCGUUUUAAAGAAGGCACUUGAGAUAACAAAAGCAAGUCAUGUGACUCCACAGCCAGAAGAUAGUUGGAUUCCUUUACUUAUUAAUGCUGUUGAUCACUGCAUGAAUAGAAUCAAAGAACUCACUCAGAAUGAAGUUGAAUCAUGAAUUUUCGGGCUCAUUUGAACUCUUUUUCUUAUUGUCACAGCUGAGCUCUGAUGUCUGCUUUUAGAAAGGAGCUGGGAUGCUUUCUGGAUUGGAAGGCAGUUCCUAUCUAUACUUAUUAAGAGACACAAUUACCAAAGUUUGGUGAUUAGGCCAAACUAGCAAUCAUUUAUAAACCAUAUGAGUAUGAUAUAUUUUUCUGUGCUAGAUGCAAAAGGCAAUUACAUGAGUUUUUGUUAUUCAGUUGCCUCUCAGAGAUCCCUGGGGAAGCUGCCUUAUUCCCUAUUCAAUAAGAUGUGUCAUUGUCAAAGAUA